GUGUAUACAUUUGUAUGAUGUAAAUUUCUAGACUGGGAUAAUAUACAGCUUUAUUACAGAGUCUUUCUAUUUCAACAUGGGAUGUCCAAAAAGAUUCACCGUUUCCUUCCUGGCUUUUCUGGGUUUCCUGAUUCUGUUUGGCUUUAGGACUGUUAUCACCAUAAUAAUGAUUUACGUCAUAAAAGACAACGACAAUAACAAGGCAACGUUAUUUAAAGAGUGCACCAUCAAUGGUACAGUGUUUGACCUUCAGUUAGAUUGGAGCGUAGCCACUUCUCAGUAUUUUAACACUGCCUAUUUUAUGGGGCAAGUCAUCUUCCAGCUGCCAGGAGGAAUUCUAGCCGUCCGAUUCUCUCCAACAAAACUGUUUGGUGGUGCAAUAUUUAUAAGCGGAGGGUGUUUCUGGGUUUUAGCAUUUUUAAUGAAGUAUAGUCCAGCCGUGGUGUUUGUGACUAGAUUUAUACAAGGCCUUGUAGAGGGUAUCUGUCUACCUUCAAUGGGUUCCGUGAUGUCCGCUUGGGCACCAAAGUCGGAACGGACUAGAAUUGUGGGAUUCUCAUACUCAGGUAUCUACUUAAGUAUCACAGUGGCUUCUAUGAUCACCGGUACCACAACGUGUUACGUCAGCUGGAACGCGGGAUUCCUUAUUUACGGUAGUUUCAGCAUCAUUUUGUCACUGUUUUGGCUCUGUACAAUUUACGACAGUCCAACACUUCAUCCCUCUAUGGACGAGAAAGAGAAAGACAUUUUCGAGAAAGACGGUUCUCACGUUAAAAUUGCGUCUGCAGCUGUGGCAAGAAACAUUCCUUGGAUACAAAUCUUUUUAUCCCCUCCUGUUUGGGUAUUAUUCCUCGUUAAUUUCACACGGUCUUGGGUUCUCGCUACGAUGAUGACCGAAAUACCUCAGUACUUCGCUGAUGUCUUUCAGCUAAAUGUUGCAUCGAUUGGGUUCCUAACAGGUUUCCCUCCUAUUCUGUUGUCCGUUUCAAUGAUAAUUAGUGGGAUCCUUUUCGACAAAUUAAUCAAAAGAGAAAAAAUUUCUGUCACCUUUGGUCGAAAAUUGGCAAUUUCAAUAGGAUUUGGAUCUGAGGCUGUCGCCAUCUUAGUUUUGAGUUUUGUUGGAAAUUAUCUGGUUGCAAGUGUCUUGUUAGUUAUAGGAGAAGGAUUAGCGGGCCUAGGAACUGCAGCAUAUCUGGUAAAUCCAGUAGACUUAGCACCCCAGUAUUCCAGUGUUCUGGUAGGACUUGUAAGACUGGGUUUAUUAGGGGCUGUCACAAGUACAGCGAUGGCAGGAGCCAUAAGACAAAAGAAUGCACAGUCGUGGACACGGAUAUUGGUAAUUACAGGAUCCAUACAUUUGUUUUCUGUUAUAUGUUUUGCUAUAUUUGGAUCUGGGAAAGAACAAGAAUGGGCCAAGUCAGGGUAUACCCGGAUAAAAACGCCAGAAAAAGAAUACAUAAGGACAUACGGAUCUACCUCUGAAACUCCACAAGUUGAAACAGAUACAAGUGGAAUAAAGUAUAAAAACGAUCAAAAAGGCCAUGAACCUAUUUUGAAUAUUUCCAAACAACAGUUACAAAGCAAAUAGUUGCAAUGUUUUGCAAAUUAUGUUUAUUUGUUAAUUUAGAAAAAAUCGUCACGAUUUUUCUUCUCUUGUUUAAAAUAAGUGAAUUUUAGUUAAAUGUCUCCAAGAAAAAAACAAAGCAGCAGUUCCAUUCAAUCAGACAGAUUUUGUUCAUUUA